GGCACAUGAUAUAAAAAACAUGGCACUGGAUCAACUCUCAAGAAACAUAGAAACUAUUGAACUCUAGAUGAAUGAAGAACUCAAACAUAGGAAGAACGACAAACAAAUUGCUUUUCAUAGCCUUGCUGAUAACUCGGGUUUGAAUAUCUUAUUUUUUUGGAGAAAAGUGCAGUAGAAGACCCCAAAUGCAGUUCAAGUUUGAAAAGAAGUGAAUGAGUUUGGGUCGCAGCCCAAACCCAAUACUAAAAGAGACCAGCCCAGCACCUCUUCCUCCUCGUCUCACGCACUCUCACGCACGGCAAAGGAAAAGAAACGGAGACUUCUUCGCAAGAAGCCAAUGCCAGAUUGAAGUAACACACAUCUUCUCCAACGUCUCUCCAUAAAUCUCGUUCAAGCGCUCCAACGGUAAAAAUUUGAAGGUCCUUUGCUCCUAAUUUCCUAUAAAUUGAGGGCGAAUUGCAACAAGAGCAGGGGGGAGACGAACCACAACAGCUCCAAUUUUCAAAAUUCUUCAUCUUCUUCUUUUAGGGUAAGAAAAAGAAGUUCAAGCUAACUGUCACCAACCAGUCAGAUGGUUGAAGAGGAAGACAAAAUCUGAGACAGAUUUCACUGAAGAUUCUCUCCAUCCAAGAAACUCACGAACAAUGCCAAGGAUCCACCAGUAAAGAUUUCAUCCUCUAGAAAGAAGAAAGAUUUGAAUCUCAUUCCAGGGAAGUUCUCCAAAUCUGUGUUUGUUUCUUCUAUUACAAAAGCAUUCAUGUCUCUUAUUGAGAAAAAGCACAUUCUUCCCCAAUAAAACAUAGAUGUGGAUGAUUUUGCCUUUAAAUAGUUUGAUUCCCCUAUUGGAAACUAGAAAGUUUUUGAACUCUGUUACUUUACCUGGGUCAUAUGUCAAGCAAAUUAUAGAUGAAUUUUACUGCAAUUUGUGUGGUAGUUUUGUGUGUCCUUCUGAUAGGUUUUAUGAAAAGGUAUUUGUGCGUGGAAAAUACUAUGACUUCUCCCAUGCUAUUGUGAAUGACUUCCUAGGGUUAGAGGAUGUUCAAGAUGGGCUAAUCGCUGAUGCUACAAUGUGGACGGAGCUCACCAAUGGAGCUAGAAAUAGCCAACACCCAACAAAGAGAGUUCCCUAGCUCAUCCAUUCUCAAGAGCUCGUAUUCCAUACUGCUGAGAGGUGUUGCCUGUCACUGGAUGACCACCACAUGCACCAACACUAUCACCAAAGCCGUAGGAAUACUGUUGUACAAAAUCAAGAAUGAUGUCCCUAUGAAUAUGAGAAAGCCGAUCGUAUCUUAGAUUACUGAAUUUGGGAAACAAUAUUUCAAACAAAAUGAUAAUGGUAUGUCCUUUUCUAUUCUAAGAUUUUAGAUUCUUGUUUCCUGGAGUUUUGUCAACUGAGAUGCUGAGAAAGAGGAACCCCUGCUCCAAAUUGACAACCAGCACUUUGAAGGCAAGCAUCUCAAUGACAUGGAGUCAGUCCCAAUGCAGUCUGCUCAAUGUGUGUCAGCGGUGCUCUGGUACUUAGAAUCCCAGCUGUAAGCAAAUAAAGAGGAGCUCAAACUGCUUGAUAAAAAUAAGACUGCUCUUGAGGAGGAACGCAAAAAUCUCAUCUGGUUGCUAAAACUUGCCACAAGUGAUUCUCCAGCAGGAGAUGCAUCAUCCCAGGGGAGAGCUCAUUGAGGGAGGAAGAUGAUGAAGAUGACCUAUCAGACUUACCAGCUAUCGUUGUUUUACCAAUCCAUUGCAUUUUAAGACAUUCUGAAAAUGGGUUGUUUUGCUCUCUUUCUGUUUUCACCACUUUAUUUUCCUGGUUUUUGCUACUGGUUUGUGUUGGUGACUUUUGCAAUCUGCUGCAACACACAUCGUGGUACAAUCCCACAUCACCUAGGACGCGCGGCAUGUGGAACCGGAGCUUUGACCAUCGCGCCGAACCUGAUUAUUCAGCAUAUCAUUGGGGUUAAUGUUCUUAACUGAAAGUCGGCCAUUGAUCCAGAGAGAAAAAUGACAAAACAGUGAACGGUGGGAAGCUUCGAACACGGGUGACACGGCAAGACAACCAGCUGCAUUUCCAUGUGCGCUACUGUAGCUGUAUUGACUGGAAUUGUAACUGUUCGUAUAUACUCCAUAUAUACGAAUUUAUCUAUAAAAUCCACUCCCUUCUCUUCUUCAAGGAGGUUGGAACCCCCAUUUU